AUGGGUCGUCUUCACUCCAAGGGAAAGGGCAUUGCGUCCUCCGCUCUGCCUUACUCUCGCUCUGCUCCCUCCUGGCUCAAGACCACCCCUGAGCAGGUUGUCGACCAGAUCUGCAAGCUCGCCAAGAAGGGUGCUACCCCCUCCCAGAUUGGUGUUGUCCUCCGUGACUCCCACGGUAUUGCCCAGGUCAAGCACGUCACCGGUAACAAGAUCCUCCGUAUCUUGAAGUCCAGCGGCCUCGCCCCCGAGCUCCCCGAGGAUCUGUACCACCUCAUCAAGAAGGCUGUUGCCGUCCGCAAGCACCUUGAGCGCAACCGCAAGGACAAGGACUCCAAGUUCCGUCUCAUUCUCAUCGAGUCCCGUAUCCACCGUCUGUCUCGUUACUACAAGUCCGUCGGUGUCCUGCCCCCCACCUGGCGUUACGAGUCCGCUACCGCCUCCACCCUCGUUGCUUAA